AUCAGCAUGAGGGGAAUCAUCCUAGCGCUUCUGCUUGCACUAGCAGGCUCAGAAAACGUAGAAAUAGAACCAGUCUUGAGUGAAAGCAAGACAUCUGUGUUUAGCUAUGAAGCGGAGAUCAAGAAUGGAAUCCCUGAAAUUGACUUACCCCGAUCGGGUAUGAAACUAAACGCUAAGGUUGAAAUCAGCAGAUAUGCCCAGAACACCUACUUAAUGAAGAUCCGGUCUCCAGAAAUAAGGGAAUUCAAUGGUUUGUUUCCCAAAGAUCCGUUUAUUCGAUCAGCAAAGCUCUCCCAGGUCAUUGCAGAUCAGCUCUCAAAACCUAUAAAGUUUGAAUAUCGCAAUGGAAGACUUGGAGAUAUCCAUGCCCCAGAUAUGAUUUCAGAGCUGGUGCUCAACAUUAUUCGAGGAAUUCUGAAUAUGCUUCAGAUAACAAUUAAGAGCACGCAAAAUGCCUAUGAUGUUCAAGAGUCUGGCAUUGGUGGAGUUUGUCAAACGAGAUAUGUCAUCCAUGCGAACAAGAAGGGAGAUUUAAUGAAUGUUGUCAAAUCUACUGACUUUAAUAGUUGUCUGAACAAAGUAUCAAAGAGUCUUGGAGUGGCUUUUGUGGAACUAUGUCCUUCCUGCAGAGAGAUGCAUAGAAACUUACGAGGAUCUGCAACCUACAACUACAAGCUAAAGAGCAGAGGUACAAAGGUUGUUGUCAUGGAAGUUACAGGUAGAGAGACGGUCCAGUUCACUCCAUUCUCUGAGCUUGGUGGUGUUGCUACAAUGGAAGCAAGACAAUCAUUGACCUAUGUAGAAACCACGAAAAAUCCCACAAAUCCUCCCGAAAUUCAACUCCCGAACCGUGGAAAUAUUCAUUACAACUUUGCCAAUGAGCCCCAUCAAAUACCUCUUCUGUUAUUAGCGGCCAAGAACCCAGAGGCCCAGAUGGCACAGAUUCUGCAGCACCUGGCACAGAAUAACCAGCAGGACAUACAUAGUGAUGCACCUACCAAAUUCCUGGAACUGGUCCAACUCCUGCGGCUAGCUAGCCAUGACACUCUUCAGUCCGUGUGGAAGCAGUUCAAUUCAAAAAUCCAUAUCAGACGUUGGCUCCUGCAAGCUAUCGCUGAAGCUGCAACCAGUGAAGUUUUGAACCUACUCAAACAGGAAAUUAAAAAUGGCGGACUGCAGGGGAGAGAGGCAGCAAUGGCAAUAUCUCAAGCCAUACUGGCAAGCAGACCCUCCAAAACCAAUCUGAAAAUCAGCAAGGAUUUAUUAGAGGAUCCAGUAAUCCAUAAAUGCAAGACUCUGUACAGAGCAGCCGUACUUUCCUAUGGCUCCAUGGUGAAUAAAUUCUGCAAGCCUUUACCAAGCUGCCCUGAUGAAGCCCUAGAGCCUCUGCACAAUCUUGCGGCUGAAGGAGCCGCCAAGGGUCACCAGGAAGACAUUGCCUUGGUGCUGAAAGCUUUGGGGAAUGCUGGCCAGCCAGAAAGCAUUAAGCGAAUCCAGAAAUUCCUGCCUGGAUAUUCCAGCAACGCGGCCCAGCUCCCAGUUCGUAUCCAGGUUGACGCUGUGAUGACCCUCAGGAAUAUGGCGAAAGAGAACCGUCAUAGAGUUCAGGAAAUGCUCCUCCAAAUCUUCACAAACCCAGACGUUCGCACCGAGGUUCGAAUGAUGGCAGUUCUGGCUCUGUUUGAGACUAGGCCAAGCCAGGCUAUAGUAACCAUCGUUGCAAACGUGGUUGCCAGAGAGAGCAAAAGAAAUCUACAGCUUGCAAGUUUCACCUAUUCUCAGAUGAAGGCUUUAACUAAAAGCAGAGUCCCCCAGCUUGAACCUCUGGCUGCUGCCUGCAGUGUCGCUCUCAAGAUGCUCAAUCCAGAGAUCGAUAACCUGGGUUACAGAUACAGCAAGGUCCUGCGUAUAGAUAACUUCAAAUAUAAUCUAAUGGCUGGUGCUGUUGCCAAAGUCUACAUUAUGAACAGUAGAACUACCAUGUUUCCAGUUUUCUUACUCACUAAAAUCAGAACGUACAUUGCGGGUGCAGAAGCUGACCUCAUAGAGAUCGGUAUUCGAGCAGAAGGCCUGGAAGAGGCUCUAAAGAAACAAAAUAUCCCUUUUCCUGAGUUACCAAUGAAGAAGAAAAUCGCCCAGAUUGUGAAAACGUUAGUGGGAUUUAAGGGAGUGUCUUCACAAGUCCCUCUCAUAUCUGGCUAUUGCAAGAUGUUUAGUCAGGAAAUUGCUUUCACCGAGAUCACCAGAGACGUCAUUCAGAGUAUAAUUCGGGCAUUGAACGAGCCGGCAGAACAACAUUCUAUAAUAAAGAAUGUGAUCAACAAACUGUUGAGUGGAUUUGUUGGACAAUACACACGUGCCAUGCUGGCUACUGAGAUCCAACAUAUUAUCCCAAGCAUUGUUGGCUUACCCAUGGAAUUCAGCUUAUACACAACUUCUGUGACUAACGCUGCCGCCAGCGCUGAUCUCAAAGUGACACCAUCACCAUCCUCUGACUUUAGAGUCACACAGCUCCUGAAAUCUCAGAUGCAGCUCAAUGCUGAUAUCAAUCCCAGCAUUUUAAUUCAUGGAGUGGCAACAAUGGGAGUUAAUACCCGACUUAUUCAAAGCGGACUCGAGUUUCAUAGCAGAAUUCAAACAAAAAUCCCUGUGAAAUUCACUGCUUACCUGGACAUGAAAGAGAAAAAUCUGAAAAUAGAGUCAGCUCCCGUUCAGCAAGAAAACAAAGUGAUCCAAAUGAGUGCCAAGACCUAUGCCAUCAGUAGGAAUGCGGUUGAGCCAGAAGCAGCAAAGAAGACACUGAUUGUCCCAAGAGAUGGAGUUCAGGAUAUUCUGAAGGAACAUUUUGAGACCACAGGAAGGACUUCAGCAGAAGGAGCCAGUUUGAUGGAAGCUUCUUCUGAAACCAAGAAGUAUGUCAGUUUUGCAGCUGGACAGCAGAGACCUACUCCUCAAACAUUUGCUUUAUGUGUGAAUAUCUUCCACCUUCCAUUACACGUAUGUGUUGGGAAAAAAAAUAAAAAUUCUGCACACAAGAAACAUUCCUUCUUUUACCAAGUGCUUGGAGAUAAUGAAGCUCAUAUUUCAGUAAAACCCGAACGUACUGAUGCAGCAGUUGAGAAACUGCAGCUGGAAGUAACAGCUGGACCGAAAGCUGCUUCCAAAAUCAUUGCUCUGACAGAAGUGGAUAAUGAAGAGGAAGAUCAAUUGGACGAGUCUGUUAUUCAGAAAAGACUAAAAACUAUUCUUGGAAUUGAUGAGGACCUCAGGGUCAAGAAUAGGAAACAAAAACGAGAUAGAGCUGAAAGGAGAAAGAGACACAGGAAGCAUUAUCGGAAAACUAAUCCAGAAGGUGUAGACGUUGUAGAAAUACGCAGGUCAACAUCAAGUCCCUUUAUCACUUCAUUAUCUUCCACAUCAUCAUCAAGUUCCUCAAGAUCUUCUUCAUUAUCAAGCUCAUCAUCUUCCGUUUCCGAGAGAUCCAAAAACAAACAGCAUCAAAACAACCGUCUAAAUAAAAAGUCAAGCAGCAGCAGCAGCAGCAGCAGCAGCAGCAGCAGCAGCAGCAGCCAACAAGAGCGAGACCAAACAAAACCACAUCAAAGUCCCAAAAAAAGGCAGAGCAGCAGCAGUAGCAGCAGUGGAAGCAGCAGUGGAAGAAGUAGUAUUAGCAGUAGUAGUAGCAGCAGCAGCAGCAGCAGCAGUAGUAGUAGCAGAAGUAGUAGUAGUAGCAGCAGCAGCAGUAGCAGCAGACUCGGAAAAGAGGCCAGAAAUAAAAACAGGAGAAAUGAAGGUAGCAGCAAGGGAACUGAUGUAGUGGUCACACGUCAAGAUCAUUCCCGGAGAAACUUGCCUCAUCACCAAGACCAUUCCAAAAGACGUCCUGGCAGAAGCAGCAGCAGCAGCAGCAGCAGAAGUAGUAGCAGCAGUAUCAGUAGUAGUAGUAGCAGCAGCAGCAGUAUUAGUAGCAGCAGCAGCAGUAGUAGUAGUAGUAGCAGCGGUAGUGGGAGCAGCAGCAGCAGCAGCAGCAGACAAGGAUACAAGCACUAUAGAGAAUUUUAUGACCUUAAAUUCCGCCGAGGAAAUAGAGUCUGGCAGCAGACUGCCAGCAGACCACGCGCAGUAUCUUCUUCCUCUUCCUCUUCCUCUUCCUCUUCUAGUCGUCGUUCUACUUCUAGACGCUCGGCUAAAUUUAUUGGUGACAACAGUAAUCCGUUGCUGGUUGUCACUGCCAAGGCCGUUCGCAAUGACAAGAAAUCCCAAGGAUUCCAAGUGAUUGUCUAUGGAGAUUACCAAGUGAAUAAACCUCGGGUCCAGAUCUACAUGGUGGACGUCUCAAAAACCAGCAAAUGGAGAGCAUGUUUGAAUGCUGCUGUCCUGAAUCCACACGAAGCACGGGCAACUCUAAAGUGGGGUCAAAACUGCCAAGAUUACAAGAUCAUUACCGAAGCCCAAACUGGCCACUUUGGUCACCAGCCAGCACUGAAAGUAACUGUGAACUGGCCUAAAAUCCCUCCCAAAAUGAAGUCAGUCAGCAAAUAUCUGUCUGAAUAUCUUCCCGGUGUUGCAUACAUAUUGGGAUUCUCCCAGGACAACCGGAAAAACCCACCUCAUCAGGCCAAAGUCAUUGUCGCCCUAAGCUCUCCACGAACUUUUGAUAUCGUACUCCAAGUGCCCAAGGCAACACUGUAUUCAAGAGCCUUGAAGCUACCUCUGCCCAUCCCAGCUCGUUUUCCUUUCAAGGAAGCCACCAUGCUUGCUCCUACAUUGGGCAUGAUCUCCGAAAUCCCCCAGAGGUUCAUUGAAGGCCUACAAGGUGAAUGCAAAGUAUCCCAUAAUAAAAUUACCACUUUCAACGGGGUCAAUUUAGCACUUGCUUUGCCUGACAACUGCUUACAUGUCCUGGCCCAAGACUGUAGCGAUGAAUUCAAAUUUAUGGUCUUGAUGAAAAAAGUCCAAGGCUCCCCAGACCAAAAGGUUAUUAAUGUCAAAAUCGGCACUUACGAAAUCGACAUGCUCAAUUUGUCUGGUUCAAUGAAAAUGACAAUUAAUGGAUUCGAUUUAUUAGAGGAGCAUCUCCCGUAUAAAUCACAUGGAGAACCAACUGUCGAGAUUCACAAAAAGGAAAAUGGAAUAUCUCUGUUAGCGCCGGAUUACGGUGUUGAAGAAAUUGCUUUUGAUGGAGUAACAUUCAAGGUGAGGCCGACCCUGUGGAUGAAGGCCAAGAUGUGUGGUAUUUGUGGCCAGAAUGACGAUGAGACAGAACAGCAAUUCAAGAUGCCAGAUGGAUCGAUUGCAAAAGAUCAGAUGAGCUUAAUUCAUUCCUGGAUUCUACCGGCAGAGUCGUGCUCCGAAGGUUGCCAUUUGCAACGUUCAAUUGUGAAAAUGGAUCUUGAGAGUGAGGAAGAGAAGCCAAAAUGUUAUUCAGUUCAGCCCAUUCUUCUGUGUGCCAAAGGCUGCAUGCCGAUUAAAACAACUGAAGUAUCUUCAGGCUUCCAUUGCUUGCCAGCAGACGCCACGCUGGACCUGGCCGAGGGACCAAUGAAACUGGAGAAGGCCGAGGACUUCACACACCUCGUAGAAGCACACACUGCCUGCUCAUGUGAACAGUCCCCUUGUGCAGCAUGAAUGGAUCUAUCUAAAUAUUCUCUGGGAAAAUGGGGAUUUUAACACAUAAUCUGGGAACCCAGCAGACAGAUAAUCUUAUUUCAGGAAAAAGAAACAUGAUUUGUA